AGCAGUAGAGUUAACCUGAAGAUAUGACACAUAUGAUAGACUCUUUAUCUAUGUUUCCGAUACUGAGCUAUUCACUUCAUUUCGUAAAGUGUAAAAUGGGGUUUGCCUCCUCAUUCUCAAAUUAAAUGAAAUCACUAAAUGCGCGAAAUACCAUUUUCAAAUAUGUUUUAAUCGUCAAAUCCUCAAAAUAUUUUUCUAAAUUUUAGACAAUCAUCAUUAACACUGCACCUUUCCAUAAAGUAAUUGUAUAUUAAUUUGAAGAGCUUUUCCUUAACAGCAAUAAAAUUAGUGUUACAGUUCUAUAAAAGUUCAACUCGCUCUCAAUGUACCACCAUUUAUACAGUCGACGUUUCCCAAAAUGAUGGUCUUGAUCGUGCCGAUGUUUUUAUUCCUAAUCGGUGCGUUCCAUUGUGCCACGGCGCUCAACGAUACCAUUCCAGCGAGUUGUUUCAACAAGAAAUUCACCAUUGAUCCUUUCUUCUGCUGCCAACCGCCGAAACUGAUAAGCGAACCCCUUGUCAAGCAAUGUCUGCAACUGUUUCCUGUGCCAAAGAGUGAGAGGGAUGAAUUGAAACCGGACUGCAUGUCCGAAUGCGUGAUGAAUCGCACCGGAAUAUUCAAUCCCCAAAAAAAUAUCAACGGUGAAAAGGCAAUGGACGCCUUCACCGACAACCUGGUCGAUCGUUCCCUUUGGAUCGGUAUCGUGGAAAAAACAGUAAAGGACUGUCUCAGUCAAGCUGCUGCUCGUAAGAGUGACUUCGAAAAGGACAGGGUAAAUCUGCAGGCGCAGUACAAAACGGAUCGCAUCUGUUCCCCCGCUGCAGCAUUCAUCAUGGAGUGCGUCCACGUUUCAGUAUAUAAGAGCUGCCCUGCGAACAUCUUCAAGAGCAAUCAAACCGAAUGUGUCGCAAUCAGGAAUCAUUUGGCCCAAUGCCCAUUCUAUACAGCUUUCCCGCAACCAACAUGAUUUGGAAUGUUAUCAU